AUGCCUUAAAACAUUUAUGAUUUACAACUAAAACAAUAAGAUAGGCUUUUAGCUAAAUUUCAAGAGUUAUUUAACAUACCAACUCAUGUAAAUUAUAUGACUAGAUGGGAAGCUAUUUUAGUAGCAAUAUUUUUUCUUUUGGAAUCUAUAUGGUUUACUAAUAUAAUAGCACAUUUGACUUUAGUUACAAUUUAUGUGAUAAAGAUUUUGAAAUGUUAAUCAAAUCAAUAAUUACAAGUAUUUACAGUUAGAUGGAUGACGGUUUGUAAAGUGUUAACAAGCAGAUUUUUAUGGGCAUUUGGUAAGGAAAUAACAGAGGAAAAUUUGAGAAUUGAUUUUCUGUUAAUUUGCUUUCAAGUAAUUGCAACUGUCACAAAAUUUAGGAUAUCUAACAAUAAAAUAAUAAUAUUAACAUUAUUUUUACUUUCUUAAGUAAUCUUAUCAAUAUAUCAUAUUUAAAAAAUAGAUGAUAUUAUUAUGGUUAGUCUAUUAGGAGUAUUGAUAAAUAUUUGGUUAAUUUAUCAUAGAUAAUAAUUGCAUUAGAAAGAGCAUGAAUAAAAAUUAAAUGAAUUUGAUAGAGAAGCUAUGAAAUUAAAAUAAGAGACAGAAAUGUCAUACAAAACUAUAUUUACAGCUGAUUAACAGUAAUCUCGUUAAGAGGAAUUAUUAAAGAAACUACGAUUACUUAAAUACGAGAAAUUAUUAAAUAAAUCAGAAUAAAUUUAUUAUGAAGAAUAAGUGUUGCAUAAAUAAUUAAGUUCUCCAUCUCGUAUUCUGACUUUACGUUAAUUACCUGAAGAUGAUGAUAAAAAUUCAAUAGAAGAAAUAGGUGAUUCACCAAGUAAGAGAUCACCUAUUAGAAGAAUGUAGAGAAUAAAUUCAAUAGUAGAUAGUUCAUCUUAUGCCAGAACUGCUGGACAUAGUAUAAAAUAAGAUGAAAUUAAAGAGAAUGAUAAUUUCUUGACAUUAGAUGAAUUAGAUGAUUUGUUGAAAAUAGUUAGUGGAAGAAAAGAACAUUUAUGGUUACCUUAAUUUUUAAGAAGUAAUAAAAAUAUCAAUUCUGGAUAAUCGGAGUAAUUUUCUCCAGAGGCUAAGAGGUAAUAUUUUAAAUGAUUUUAAAAAUAUAGAUUUAUUCUUAAUCACUUUACUGAAUGUGAAUUCAAUUUUUAAUUAUCAUCCAGUGAAACACAUAUUUAGGAAUAAUAUCACAUACCAAAUAUUAAUGAUAAUAUAAUGAAAGAUUGUGAUAAAAAUUUUAAUUAUGAUUUCUUUGAAUUAAAUGAUUAAAACAAAUUCAUCAAUUAUUGUUCAUUUAUUUUUUAGAAAUACAAGUAAAAAUAUAUAUAAUAAUUAGUGUAAACUAAAUCUUAAAGAUAAAAGAUAAUUAAAUAUAGAUAGAAUUUUGUCAUAGAAUUGAAUCGUUUUACAUGAAGAAUCCUUAUCAUAAUUCAUUACAUGCAAUGGAUGUGACAAAUUCAGCUUUAUUUUUUUUGGAAAAUGGAUUAUAAAUAACACAAUUUGAAUAGUGUUGUUUAAUAAUAUCUUCAUUAUCCCAUGAUGUAGGCCAUCCAGGUUUAAAUAAUGGUUUUCUGGUUGCUUCUCAAUCAAAACAAGCUUUGAUUUGUAAAUCAUAUCAAUCUAUUGAUUAGACAAUGAUUAAAGCGUAUUGGAAAGCUAUCACGCAUCAUUGUUGUUUCAUGUUUUAAAAGAUGAUAAAACUAAUAUAAUUAAAAAUUUAAAUGAUGUAGAUUACAAAGGAUUUAGAAAAUAUUGUUUAAAUUUAAUUUUAGACACUGAUCUCUAAAAGCAUUUCCCAUUACUAAAUAAAUUUAAAAACUUUUUAGCAUUGGGAUGUGAUAGUCAAUAAGAUGAAUAAAAUAAAUUAUUGGUUUUAUCAAUAGCAAUAAAAUGUGCAGGUAUAUAUAAAUAUAUAUAAAUAAACAAGAUGUGGGACAUGGAGCAAAAUAAUUGAAUUUACAUAAGAUAUGGAGUCGUAGAAUAAUUGAAGAGUUUUUCUUAUAAGGAGAUUUAGAGUAAUAAGUUGGAAUAGUAGUUACACCUAUGUGUGAUAGAAAUCAAAGUGUAACAAAAUCUUAGGAGGGAUUUCUUAAAGCUAUAGUUUGGCCAUUAUUUGAUGCUUUUUCGGAAUAUUUAAAAAAGUAUAUAGAAACUUAAUAAUAAUAGUGAUAAUUUCAAAAAAACUUGUUUAGAUUAGAUUAAUCUCAAUAUAAACUAUUGGUAAUAAUAAUAAUAAGAAGAAGAGUAAAAUGAGAAGUAAGAGAAAUGUUCAUUUUUCAUAGAUACAAAUCAUAUUCAUCUACCUUUAUAAAAUACCAAUAAUAUGAUAAACUUGAAUUGGUGA